UACAAUACUUCUCCUCACCAUGAACACAUCCCAUCAUUCUUCCUACAUUCUGAAGCAAUGGUGGAAGUCCUCUUUUAUGUUUUUGUAAGGUGUGAUUCAAAAGACAGUGAAUGUUGCUGGUGAGUGCCAUCCGACGAAACGCUGGGCCCGUGAAAGCAUUCCAAUAUGUCCUAAUCCACCUACACACCCAUCUGGCAUGUGGCAUUACACAUGUUCUGGCUCUUCUCCAAAGUCAAAAUAUCAUGGAGGAUAAAUGUAUGUGAUAAACGGAGAAAAAGAAAAAGAAGAGAAAAUAGAAGGAAGAAAGUAAAACAAUUACACACAUAUCAAAACUCCACAUGGAAGUCUGCUCGCUCCUACUUGUGCUACAGUCAGAAUCUGAACCCUGUGCUAGUCAGCCAUGAUGGAACUCUGGUCUCUCCACUCCUGGUCCCUCUCUCUGAUGCCUCUGAGUACAUCCUCACCUUCUCAUCCAUCUGCAUUUAUCACUAUACAUCCUACCUCUUCCCUCAGACCUCUCAAGGGACAAAGGGACAGAGGGCACUUCCCACUGAGAAAGCAAAGCACGACGUGUACAUAAACCACUGUGUAUGUGUGUGUGGAGGGGGAGAUUCUGUCUUGUUUGGCGUGUACUCAGUGUGGAGGCUGCAGCUUCUCCUUUUCUGACCCAGUUUCAUACAGGCCAGGCCAGUACGUGUCUCUUAAGGAUCACAUGCUCAGAGUCUGUUUGGGAGAAUCACACUGUUCUCUCCACCCAGUCGCAGGCCCCACAUCCUCACAGACAGAUACACAGGCUUUUGUAGCCUGCGGCACCACUGGGGCACUGAGGUGGAGGGCUUUGGGGUGGUGCUUGUGGUGUCAACACUGAGGAAACAGCCUUGAAGUCCCAGCACCAGGUUUGGCCCAAGGCAAGGGAGACCCUUGGCCUAGGAAAGGACUCCGUGACUUCAGUGAUGACAUCACACGGCCAAGCGGAGUUUCUUAGACAGAGGCUGGGCUGAGGCUUCUGUCCUGGGUAAGCAGCUCCACACCCCGUUUCCAGUCUGGCAGAAAUCUCACAGUGGAUGAACCUGAGCUCCAAGAACACACCUGAGUCUGAUUUUCUGCCAGCCCUGGUGGUGCCAGUGUGACCAUGCUUGUAGGAGUUGUAGGGGAUAUGUGAUGUCUUCUUCCAAAUAUUGUGGAGCCGAACGCAUGUCAGAUGUGCACAAUCUUAAAAAACUUAAUGUUCAUCUGACUUUCUAAAAGGUUCUUCUUUAGUAGGGUUUUUGUGCAAAUGCACAAACCCCUGGGAAAGAUGGUUCAGAAAAGUGACCCUUUUACAUUAGGUAGGUGAAGACCUUUCAAGACCAAAACUUCCUCCUGUGUCUACAGCUAAGGUCUUCCAGCAGCCUGAGAGCAGGUCAAAUAUCACUUGCUUAUGCCGUAUUUUCAUUUCUCUCCAAAUGCAACAGCUCUGUCUGGACAGAAUCCUUGACUGACUUAUCUUUGCCGAGUGUUGGCCAUGGCAGUUGAUCAGCACCCAUUUCCUGUAGAAACGUGGCUACUGAAGGAUGCCAGACAUCUCCAGUUUCUGGAGUUCAUUUGGAAAUCUUCACAAGGCACAGUUUCUUUUGGAAGAGUAAAAGUCAGUCCAGAAAUACAAGUACUACGAACUCUUUGUGUCCCUUUCUCUCUGUGUAGAUGCUAGUCACCAAGGAGACUUUUCUGGGCUGGGCCAAAAUGACUUGGCUGACCCAGAGUGGUCGCUGUGACGGAAACCUCAACUGUGUCAGUUUGAUGAGUGUGGUAGCCCUGAGGACUAGCAGAGCACACUCCGGGAUGUGUCUGUGGGCCAUGGCGGUGGGACCCUGGGUACCGUGUGUGACUCCUGGCCCUUCCUCUCCGGCCCGCUUCUCCUGCUCUGCUUCUGAGUUGCCAGGAACUAAGCAUCUGGCCUUGGUCUCACCCUUCUGUCAUGAUGUCUUUGUCGUGCAGACAGCCAAGCCUGGACUCGAUCUCCUAGAGCCGCAAGCUGAUUUAGCUUCUCCUCUAAGCUGUUUUCCCCAGUAUACUCACAGGCAGCACAUGUGGCUGCAAAAUUCACCCCCAAAUAACUCACAGAUCAUAGCCCUAAACUUACCACCAAAUUUUCCCUGAAAUACAUUGCUUUUAUUAUUAUUUUCACAACACUCUACUAUAUUAAUAUUUCAAGAACAAUUUUCAUAUGUUUCGCAUUAAGAACCCGUCCAAUUUGCUUCCUAGAAUGUGUUUUUUGUAAAAUUAAGGAAGCAUGGGCAGCAAGCCGCCCUCUAUUCUUCUCAAUGAGAAAUGAGUUCAGUGUGAGUGUUGAGUUUUGUGUCUCAGCGAUGGCACAGCUAACUAAUACAAUUGUCAUCAGAUGUUGGGAUAAAGUAUGGAUGGAAAGACAACAUAACUUCUUCAGUGGGGCCCCAUGUAGAAGUGGGAUGUUUUGUAGAUGAACGCAAAACAUCUGAGUGACUCUCUGGCCCAGCUGGUGCCAGGGCAGGUGCACAAGGACUGGAACACCGGGCAGCACCCGAGCACAUCCUGGGCGGCCAGACAGCGUCCCGCUUCCUUGUCGGUCUUUCCCUUGGCUUUGGAGUGGAAGACUCCAGCCUUGCCCACUGGCUGAAAGCACAUGUACAAGCUUCUACUUUCCAUCUUCUCUUAAGUCAGGUGUGUUUUGACCUCUUAUGCUCUAGCUGAAUGACAGAACGAAAGCUGGCGUGAGUAACCCAGAGAGCAAAUAAUGCUUUCCUGUGUCACUAAGCAUGGGCUUGUCCUCUGGCGCUCUCAUUCGCUGUUAAAAUAUACCUGAUGCAACUUUUGCCUUGUUCCUUAUUUACCUCACCCCAUGCCUAAUCAAACUGGCUGGGGCUCCUGUCACAGAUCUGACCUUUUCCUCUCUUGGUCUCAGGAGGGCCUGUUCCUUGCCUUUCUUGAUCUUGACAGCUACCACCUGUCCUAAGGACUCUGGACUUGUCCCAGUGUUCCAUUUCAUUGCCACCAUCAUGCAACUCACUCUCUAAAAUUAAGGUACGAACCUCUCACUGCUUUGUAUUCAUCGGCACCAAGCAUUCUAUGGACUAAAAGUUAUUUGGACAAGACACAUGCUCCAUAUUUUAUACUUUCAUAUGAACUUCAGAAGGUAAAAUAUAACAAGAUUGUUUGCUUUACUUUCAAAUCCGCAUGUUUUUAACUGAAACGCAACUUCAAAAAACAAACAUCUGCACUGAAUCCAGUAUAAUUAUGAGAGUUGUUCAAAUUAUUAGCACUAUCCUGAGAUGAGGUCUAUGUGUUCCCCAGCUGGCCACCAAAUCCUGGGCACAAACAAUGCUCCUGGCUCAGGCUCUUGCCCCAGGCCCAAGUAUAAAUUACUUUUAAUGAUUGUUGUGAAGCUCAGGUCCUUCAGCUCAGUGGGGUUUGAGGCGUAAAUAGUUCUCCACCACACUUUCCAGUGAAAAGGAGUCUGUGGGUGAGGGACGUCUGUCCCUCGGGUGGCUGACAUAAUGCACCGAGCCUCGCUCCUCAUUAUACCACGACACUUACACAGGAGAUGGAGCUGUUUGCAGUCUCUAGCAGGAGGAGGAACAAAGAGUGAAGGGUGGGAGGAAAGUGGGAAGAGGAAUAGAAGGGGAGCACACUAACCAUAAAAGUGAUAACAGCACAAGCUCAUGCAGGUGCGGCUCAUUUUAUAACAUUAAAUCACUGACUGAUCCAUUUCGCUGAAGCCCCUGUCACUACUACACUCCAGAAUUCUUAGGUCCAAAGUCCCUGCCUUCUUGGGUAGAGAGGGGAAAUAAAACUACCCGCGUCUAAGAUGCCUACUUGGCUAGACCAAAUUCUUACGGAAAUUUCCCCCGUCCCUCUCCCGAUGCCCGGAUCACGUGUGGGGCACAGGUGUGGGUGAAGCCCAGGGUCACACAUGUGGGCCUUGCAUGGGGCACCAGUCUCUAACCCCUGGAGACGUUGGUGUAGCAAACUAAGGCGCCCAAUCACCGGGCACACGGGCACAGGGUGAAGUGUUUGGCCACAUGCGUCAGGGCUUGGGGAAUCGAGUCAAAUGUAGGAGUUGAGGGAAGAAGCCGAGGAGAGCCAGUCAGCGGGUGACACCUGACUUGGGCUCUGCUUCCACAGCUGGCUCCUGGUCCCGAGACUAGACGGAUCCGGGAUAGGUCACAGGAAUGGCACAUUCCUGACAAUGAGCUCUCCUCCGCCACCCCCUCCCUCCUGACCCCCAGACCCUCAUCCAGCAGCGAUACCUGCCCAUGUCGGCACGCAGGCUUCAUGCCAUACUGCUUGGUUGGAGUUGGGGCUCAUGCUUGCUCUUACUGAAGAUUUAUGUUGUCAGGAGUUCCCGUUUCUCAGUGAGCAUAGUGCUGAAGUGCGUGACUAUCAGUGGCUUUUCAUUAAGACUUAAAUCGUGUUCCCCCGGUGGGUGACUGUGUUCCCUGGAGUCUCACAUGGCGGCAGUGCCCUCAAGGCCUCAGAGGCCCACAGAGCCACGCUGCGGACAUCCCUGUGGGUCGGGCCGAGGAGGUUAGCAGGGCUGAGGGCCAUCCCUGGAGCCAGUGCUGCUGGCUUCGUGUCUUGGUUCUGCCAACUGCUAGCUAUGCCAGAGGAAGGCUUAUCACCUCCCGGUGGGGUCCCCUCCCAAGCGGGUGUGAAGUGAAUCCCACCCUGGGAGGCGGGCAGUGACCAGCCAGGUUUACAGCCGCUCCUGGCAUCGCAUCCAAUUAGCGCUGCCUUUGCUCCAAAAAGACCCCACCGUGCAGAGCACGUUUCAUGGGUCCCUGCCUGGAAGGCUGCCAUCCCAAAGACAGAGAAGCUACAAGAGUGGCUUCCAUCCAGGCAGAGCUUCGCCAUUGUUUCCUAUUCCUGCUCCCUUCAACAUUUUUAUACAAGUUCAAGUCAAGUAGAGGGCCAGGGUUGCAGCUCAGGGAUGCCGUGCUUGCCUGGCAAGGCCAAAGUCCUGAGUUCGAUACCCAGUACUGAAAAAGAAAAAAAAGAAUCGAAAAGUCAAGCAGGAACUCUGUACUUACUGGAUUCGUUUGAUUAUGGGAGGGUCAGGUUAUGUAUGAAGCUGCUGUCACUUUGAAGAAGAAGGGAAAGGGAAAGCAGACGGAGAUGAGGGUGUGAAGUGAGAUGAAGUGGGAAGAAGGCAAGGAGACAGAAGGAGGCCACAACAAAGACCACAGCAAAGCUCACGCAGCGUUGCUGUAAUUCAGAAAUCCUGCUCUCACCAUUUUACCUGAAGCAGCGUCAUAGCUGCAGCCUCAGCUAUCUUGGCUCCAGGGCCCUGCCUGCCGCUUUGUGCCCACAGAGCAGAGCCUGCCGCUUCCCCUUGGCACCUGCAGCUGUCCCUGGUUCACUGCCAGGUGGCUCCUGCAACUCGUUCCCUGGCUCCUGGGAGGGACAAGGCAGCUACCUGGCAAAUAAAUAGCGGAGCUCGGAGUGGUCACCUACAAGUGAAUUCCCUCACUCGUGUCUCACACGGUAGAACAGCCCACAGCAGCCUCGACAUGAAGCUGGCGCUGCUCCUCAUGCUGGCCACCCUCCCCUUUUGCUGCUAUGCAGGUGCUGGCUGCCAGCUUCUGGAGGAUGCGGUAGAAAAGACGAUCAGCCCUAAUGUGACUGUGGCUGAAUACACAGAGUUUCUCCAACCUUUCAUAAGUAUCAAGUCCACUAAAGAAGCUGUGAAGAAGUUCAAAGAGUGUUUUCUCAUGCAGUCAGAUGAAACACUGGCCAACGUCCAACUGCUGAUGGUAAUUUUGGUUUUGUCUUUCAUGCGUCUUAAAAUCACUCCCUGGAAUAAGCAGCCCUGAGUCUCACUAAUGAUGACAAAGCAGCUGAGGCACAUUCUGUUUUGAAAACGGAAUUCCGCUCUGUGAAUCACAUGGUGUGUAAUGACUUUUCCUUCAUCAGACCUUCAUUCCAAGGCUGAUUUCUACCUUACUGUGGCAGUCUUCAGUAAAUGAUAAGUGGAAAGGGCAAAAGAGAGAAAAGAAUUGUUCAGAGACGUCAGCUCUUGAUGGCAUUCAUACACACGCACACGCACCUGCUCUCACAUGCAACCCCUGCAGUGACACACACCGACACAUUUUCGAUGGAGAGUACAAACGGGAUUCUCAAGAAGCCCUUGUCUGUGGGGACAAUCAACUAAGGAAAGAUGGUUCACCUGAAAUAAAACACAUGGUGCAAACUGUAGUUCAUCAGUACAUUUCGGCAGGAUCCAGAAAAAACAUUAAAGUAACAAUUUGUGUGCCUAACGUACAGAAUUUUGAAUUGUGCUUCUAAGCAUACAAGUUGUUUAGUUUCCAUAUUUGAAAACCUGGGACCCUUUCAGUCCAUAUCAGUGAAACCCUGGUGUAGAUUACAGUACCGAACACACGAUGGUUGAUUGACCAUUUAAAAGAAAAGCAGCGAUAAAACAUGAGUGUUUCUUUCUCAUUAUAACUAUCUUUUGAGCGUUUAGUCUUCUAAUAUUUUCUUUAAAGCAUUUUGCUGUAGGAAACUUGGAAAAACACCAAAAAGCACGAGAAUUCUCUGGACAUCACCUGCACCACAGGACAAUGUGAUUGUCCUUUGUUCCAAACCCAGGUUGGGCUUAUCAUCCACAUGUGAGGGCCAUGCUGUGGACCACAGAAGCAGGUCUUCAGUUUGUCUUCAAUAAUUCCAACAGCCGCGGAUUUAGCUCAGUGGUGCCGGCGCCUGCCUCGCAAGUGCAAGGUCCUGAGUUUGACCCCUGGUACCCAAAAAAAGAAUAAUUCCAACAGUUAAUUAAAGCAGUAGGGGAGUUCAGAGAAAUCACAUCCUUCUUUUGGUGGGGGGGUACCGAGGAUCAAACUCAUGACCUUGUGGUUUCAAGCCUGGUGCUGGAAGCACUGAGCUAAAUCCCCGACCCGAUCACAUCUUUCUUUGGAGGAGAGUUUACUAGUGUUCCACUGAAAGGCUGAUAGACCUUGGCAGGUCUUUCACAAAUUAUCCCUGUGGCAUGUUCCAUGGGAAAUUAUUUCAAAGACCAAGAAGCUUUGAAAAAAAGUUCAAAGGGUGCCUUUUGGAGCAAAGAGCCAGAAAGACUUCUUUGGCAUCAAUAAAUAUCACCUGACUGAUAGGAUACACGAGAAGACAGCCUGAUCGUGUUUCCAGAGCUUUCUCAGGUGCUACACAAUCACCAAAAACACAGGAAAAUCACAAGAGGAAAAGUAUUUGAUUGUCAAUAUCUGACUUUGCAGGACAGAGUUGAAAAUCUACAUGAUGUCCCUGUUUUUGUU